AUGCUCUCUAUGAUAAAAGCCUCAGCAUCCUCCGCGGCUCCUCCGCCGCCAAACGUGGAAGACGACGACGGCGAACCGCACUCUCCCACAGGCCAGGUCGCGUCUACUCCUCCCCUCUCCUCCUGCGGACCGCGCUCCGCGUCGCUCGAGCGCAGUCCCGAACGCUACGGCGUGAAGAGCGCCGUGAGUAACGCCGACAUGUACGCUUUCUGCCCGCUCGCGGUCGCAAGCAGCACUCCGGGCCGCCGUCCCCCGCGCAGGGGGCUCGGCGGAAGCGGAAGCUACUCCGGGCGGUACGCGCGCUCCCCUUCUCCGCAGCGUGCCGCGGCCCCAGCUGCUCCGGUCGAGCCCCUUCGUCUCGGUCCGCUAAUCGCGGCGAUCAGUCAAGCCGACGUCGCCGCGAUUCGCGAAGCGGUGAAGGCGGUGCGCGCGGCGAUUAAAGCGACCCCGGAGAAUAAGAAGCGAUUGAUUCAAGCCGGCGGGGUUCAGUUCCUGAUUAAUAUCGUCGCCGAGUCGCCCGACGGCGACACGGUGGAGCACGCGGUGACCGUUCUGUACAACGUAUGUCGCGAGGAAGGCGGGCGCGACGCGAUCGUCAGCGGCGCGGCAGGCGGGUUGGAGGCGCUGGUCAAGGCGCUUCGGGCGGAGAAAUCAGCGGCACGGGAAAACGCAGCGGCUGCGCUGUUCUGCCUUGCUUGGGGCAUCCAGACCCCCAGUGGCGGCGGAAACGGCGGCGGAAAAGGCGGAAGGGGGUCAAGGGGGCCGUCGCCGUCGCGCCCGACUGGGGCCCGAUCCACGUCAGUUGGUGCUGUGUCCAUGUCACCAUCGGUAUCAGCCAGGUCAUCGCCACACACCCCGUCCCUCCCCCCCUCCCCAAGUGUAAAGUCCCCCACGGCGUCUACCGCGCUGCUGCGCUCCCCCUACGACUCGAGGGAAUUCUCAGGUGUUAUCUCAGGUGGUGGCAGCAGUCCUACUCAAUCUGAGGGUCCAGCGCAAACAGUAGCAGGGGUUAGCGGCACUACAGCCGGAGCAGGGGAAGCAGCAGCAGGGCCGACGGAGGCUGCUACAGCAGGAGAAGUGGCAGCUGCUACCGCCGGGCCGGGGACUACAGCUGGUGCUGCGGAUGAUGCAGCCGGGGCUGCGAGUGCUACGGCAAAUGGGACUGGUUCGGAGCAGGGUAAACGAGAUACUACCCCCCCGCAGUCAUCCACACCUUCCGCCGAAACAGCUGUUCUAAAGGCUCGAGAACAGCUAGCAGAAAUCAAGCUGCGAAUCGGGAAAGUCGGAGCCAUCCCAGCCCUAGUUGAAAUUUUCCUUUCGGGCAGCACGAGGGGAAAAAUCGACGCUGUGUUGGCGGUUCUCGCUUUGCUAAGUGGCGGCGACCACCACCGGGAAUUAUUGGAGGAGUUUCUAAACACUGGUGGGCUGAGUAUUUUGUUGAAUAUGGUUCAGGAAGCGAACGAGGAUUUGGAGAAUCGAGCGAUGGCGUUAGUUUCGUUUAUCGCGUGUUCGUCGACAGGCAGGCGUGCGAUUAAGGAGGCGAAAUCCGCGAACGGUAACGGCGGGUUAGAGGUAAUUGCGGACGUGUUGGAUUUGACUUCGUCGCAGAAAGCUAGGCAGGAGGCUGUAAGCGCGCUGCUGCUGCUAGCUAGGCACGACGAGGAGGCGAGGAGGGUGAUUGGUCGCGAAGGGGUCGUGCCUGCAUUGCAUAGGGUUACCCGCGAGGCAACGGGUUCUGCAGGGGACAAGGCGAAGGAACUGCUUGUGCUCCUGCGAGAGCAGUCCGCCGCUUCUGGGCAGCUGCAGGCAGCAGCUUGA